GUCACCAGCAAUCACACAGCAAGCACUUCCACAAACUCUUCAACUCCCAAGCCAAACCAGCUUGAUCAGCAACCAUGAAGCUCUCCGUCAACAUCUUUGUCCUCCUCGCGGCUGCCGCCACCGUCUACGCCUCCCCGGCCAUUGACGCGCGCGAUGUUGCGGCCAGCGUCAGCGUCCACGAGGGCGAGUUCCUCUUCGUUGGAGCCGACAGGUCCACGCUCGAGAAGCGCGGCCUCGACGUCGAGGCCCGGUGCAGCGGCUUUCUGCCUCCCCAUUCGGACUGCGACCCGGGCAAGUGCCAGUGCAUUGGAAACAAUGGCUGCUGGUCGUGCAACGGCGGGCGCAUGCAGUGCCAGCCGGGACCCGGCUCGGGCCAGUGCUGGACCUAG